AUGGCGUGCUCGAUUCUCAGCAGCCCUCCAGAGAUUUUGCACAUGAUAUUCGCACCCCUAUCGCCCAGUGACCUAUAUGCGGUAUGUCUUACGUGUAGGAACUGGCACUCUAUUGCCGAGCCGUACCUCUACUACCAGAUUGAAUGGACAUGGACAAACACUCAGAACCCCCCGAUCGUCCAGUUUCUACGAAGCAUUGUGCACAGGUCCGAGUUGGCCAGUUUGGUCCAUACUAUGAUCCUCAAUGGUGACUCUUUUGAACUCAGUAUCUGGGACUUUGAAAAGAAAAGCCCAAAACUCCCGGUCACCGAAGCCGUCUUGGAUGAGUUUGUGAAAUGUAUCGAAAGGUUACAUAUCCCAUAUACUGAAGAGUGGAUCCAAGAGCUGCGCGCGGAGACGGUGGACGCGUUUUUAGCACUUUUACUCUCACGGCUCCCAAAUCUGAGAUGCCUCUAUCUGGGCGUGCAUUUUGCCCGAGAAAGUUGUAUCAUGGGAAUGAUGCUCCGUUCGGCCCUCUGCCAGGAGCCCCAGGAUGACCGUCUCCCUUCCUUUACACAUCUCCAGGAUGUGACAGUUGUGUAUCCAAGCCCUGGUUUCGAUACGCACAGACACUCGAACAUCAGAAACACGGCGGACACUCUCGCCUCCUUUUAUUUGCCGUCGGUUCAACGGAUAAAGACCUUAGUGGAUAAUCCUGCUACCUUCGUGUGGCCUGGAGACUAUCCACCAAAACCAUCGAGCCUCGCAUCGCUUGACUUGACAAUAUGGGAUUGGCACUACCGCGAGGAUCUAGAGAAUUAUUUUGUUAGGAAUGUCAUUGAUUUGGAUCAGAUUGCAGUGGAUCUAUCUCACCUUCGGGAGACCCUGACAGAUUUGACUAUUUCGGCAGGAUCAGGCAUGAUACAGCAUAACAUCAACUUCCCGGAACUCUCCAUCAGCGGGUCUUUCAAAAUAUUCAGGGGACUACAUAUGCUUGAGAGGUUGCAAGUUCCGAUUCCAUUUCUGCUUGGACUUGCUCCCUCGGCGCCAAAUGUGGUUGGUCUAGCAGAAGCACUUCCAAAAAACAUCCAGUGGCUGACUGUCAUUGACGAUUUAUGUCUUCAGAAUGAAUGGGAAUGGGAAUUCGAGAGCGAAUACCUGGUGGAGACUUUUCGAUCAUGGCUGCAAGACCGGAAAAAGUCCGCACCUCGUCUCCAAGGAUUUCGCCUGCUGAUAAAGGUAAUGCCAAUGAGGGAUCUGUACCCUGAGAUGAUACAGGGGUUCAGAGACAUAAAUGCCGAGACUGAUAUUCAGGUUGAAAUAGUAGAGGGAGAGAGACGGGUGCCAGGUGAAGUGGAAUUCAAGCUAUGGGAAUGA